CAAAUCGUGCGUGUGUCAUAUUUUUUUUUUGGCUGAUUGAAUCAAAAUCUACAGUCGGAAUUAUACUUGAAAAAAAACGUCACUUAAUGCCAAUUAAUAAACUAGGAUCUUGGUUUCCAUUGGUGUUCAACUAAAGCAAAAUCUACAUUCACCGCAAUAAAAUAUGGAUUCCGAAAUGCCCUAUUUGGAAGCAAUACAGAAAAUACCCGGGAAUUCUGCUAAGGAAAAGCACGAAUCGUUGAAUAAAAUCAUAAAGGAAAUUAUCGAAAGUAAACAGAUGCCGGGUGAUUUCGCUCUACAAACUUCAUACGGAUCACCAAUCCCGAAAAGUUUACAACCGCUUAUUCAAAUAGAAACAGCGAAAAUUUUAAAAAAUACCGAUGAUGUAAUCGCGGCUUUAAAAUCAGAAGAUCUCUCAAUUGUAAGUCGAGGACUACAAGUUGAUUGGAUUUUCGAUGGUAGUAAUAAUAUUACAAAUUUAAAUUAUUUUUCGGUCCAUAUUUUUCCGGAAGUUUCCCUAAACACUAGAAGCAGUAUCAUAAAACGUUUGUCACAAUGCUUGGGUCAAAAAAAGGAAUAUAGUCGUGCCCAAGAAUUUUUUGAAGGUCUCUCAAAAACUUAUGACUUGAAACAGGCAAUGCCUUUACUCACCGCUUGCAGUGAAAAUUACAUUUCCGAGUUUAUAAAAAACGGAAACGUUGCUCUUCCGAAGAAAGUAGUGACGAGAUUAUUUCGAAAAUAUCCCGAACUCAUUAUUAAUUAUUUAAAAUUUUGUAAACCAAAGUCCGACGAGGAACGAGUCGUUGAUUCUUUGUCGAUAAAUGAUUAUUUAGAACUUUUACCACGUCUGAUAAAAAACCAUCUCAACGAUUUUAUUGAUAUUGUUAAUUCAUUUAAUUAUACUUUGGAAAUGAAAAUAGGAAACAAAUGCGCCGAAUUUUUCCUCAAAGGAAAAGGUCUCGAUGCCUUGAUCGAAUUUCCGAAAAAAUAUCUCCCCCUAUUGUCAUUGAAAUUAGUUACCACAAAAUUAAACAAAGAGCAGUUUGAACUUAUGUUUCGAAAUCUCUUUCCAAAAAAUAAGAACGAUUUUUCCCUUUCAAAAAUGUUCAGCUAUUUAGAGUUCCAACCACAAGAACUAAAGUUAUCUUUGGUCAGGAACAAUUUUAGGGAUUUGUAUGGUGUGGAUCUUCUAACUUUGUUGGAUAAAGUGACUCCGGAACUGAUGUUGAUCUUAUCAGAAAAGGAUCGAAUCGAUGUGGCUCGCAAGAAACUUGCUGAGAAUCCUUGUUCGAAAAACUGCGAAGAAUCUUGGGUCUGUUAUUUAUCAACGAAAGAUUCGAUUCCAGAGAUUAAGGAUCAGAUUUUGAACACUAAGGAAAUGGACGAUAGGGCAGAAUUGGUUGGGCAAUUAAUUUACACCUGUAAGGUCAACAACAGUAAAGAGGAUUUACUUCUCGUCUUGGAAUACAUUUCAUCAAGACAUCGGAAUGAAAUAUCGAUCUUCUGGUCUCGAGUCUACGAGUCUCUGCUUCGACAUUUCGAUCUCGAAAUUUUGAGUGCUAAUCAUUGGAACAUUUUAAAUGAGAUGAUUAAAAGAUCUCAUGUGAAAGAUGAUUUGAAUGAGAGGCCUACAGUUUCGGAAAAAUUGAUUGAGAAAGGGAUUUAUUUCAAUCUCUUGAAUGACAAACCAAUCGAGGAUUUAAUGACUUUAUUGGCGGAAGUAAAAAUCAAAGGAUGGAACAGUAACUUCAACAUCAUCAGGGAUAAUCCGGAAUUUGAGAAAAUAUGUUUAGAGACGUUUAUUGAGAUCAUUCCACGCAAAUUUCCGGAUGAUGAUGAAAUUUGGGAAGACAAUAGAGUUGAUACGAUUCAAAAACUGACGGAAGGAAUCUAUGAUUAUAACGAGAGAGUUGCAAAGAAAAAGAUUUUGAAAGAAUUACUCUAUCUGGGUAAUUAUCCAUGGUUGUUUGAAGAAGUGAAGAAGAUUAUUGUCCUGGAAAAUCAGAGAAUGCAGUAUAAAAUUGAGAAAUUGAAAAGCCUGGUUCGGAUUCAUGAAAGUAAAUUAUACGAUUCUUUGUUCCUGCAAAAAAAUGUAAUAGCUUCUGUGUCUUCACAGGAAGGUCUGAAUUUCCUGAAGAAAGAACCUGGGAAGAUUUUAGAAAAUUGGAAAUUAUACUUGGACAGUUGUGUUACAAAUAUUUAUUGUACACACACCAAAAGAUUUAUUAAAAAGUGUACCUGGUACAGAGAAAUCCCGCUAAAAUUUGUGGAAGAAGCUUUGAAAAAAUUAGAUGAUCCAAGAACGCUGAUGAUUUUGGCUCUUUUGCUUCAGGGUCCAGAAUUUGUCCGAAUUAUCGAACCUAUGAUGCCUGAUUCGGACAAGAUGGAUAUUGAUGGAGAUGCGAAGAAAUCCUUCCGAAUGAUAAGUUCUAUCCCAACAGCUAUAAAUUUAGCUAACCCUCCUCCAUCUCUGGAACUAGUGGGAAAAUUUUGCAAAGGAGAUUACCUUUCUUUAGGUUUGGCUUCUUUGAUGAAUGUCGCAAGACGUGUUUCCGUUAAGAAGGUUAUCACUUUCGCUAAAGCUUUAGUCGACAAUCCAGUUUCAGUCAGGAAACAUGGAAUCAGAUUGAUGGCUACAAUCGCUCCAACUGAAGAUUUGUGUGAAUUUUUUAAACACUUGUGGAAAAACGAAAAGCAUAAAUCGAUCCGGGAAGUUGUCUUCCAAAAAACGCAUGUCCUUUUCAUCAAUAGACCUUGCAAAGAAACUUGGCAAUUGAUGCGCUUUUGCAUAGAAGGUCUCACAAAAGAAGACAUCGAGUGUUUCAACGUCUUGAAGGAAAUUUCAAACGUACCUAACGAUUACAUCAAAGAUUAUUUCGAAACCGGAUUAUACAAAAUUGAGAAGCUUGAUUUAACACCAGAUAUAUCAAAUCAACUGAUCUCUAGUUUUCUCAGGAAUGCAACUUCCAAAGUUUGUGCCUUUUUCCCAGAAGAUUACUCGCGACUUUUGGUAGAAAAAUUCGCAUUUGAUGGCCGUGAUGAAGUUUCUGUAGCAGGUCGUUUGUAUGCUAUCAAUUUCCUGAUCGAUGCUAAGGAAAAACUCGAAUCCAGACUGAGGUAUUUCUGCAAUUUGUUAUCAACGGCUAUAUCCAAACACUGGGAUAAACCACAUCCGAAGAAUUUGAGAUUCUAUCCGAUGAAGCAGUGCUUCAGCGAAAUUAUCGGUGAUAUUGUGAACACUGAAAUCAUAAUCAGAAUCGAUCCGGCAAUACCGAAAGCUAUCUUAAACUUGUUUGAUUCUUCUCUUAAACCAGUUCAGGAUUCGAAUUCCUACCUGUCCUUAUUUUUUGUGAUUCAACUUCGAAAGGUAGAGUUUGAUGGACGUCUAUUUGGAUUAACAAUUGGGAAGGAGAUGUCGAAUUUGUUAAUGUUUUUCACUGGAGAAAUGAUUGUGGACAUUGCAGAAGUAUUAUCAAAUGUUGUGCUUCCGUUGAGGAACUUGGAGUCUAAAGAAGGAAGUUUUAUUGGCUCCUUAACGGAAGCAUUAGCAGAGUUGAAUUUGAUUCACGCUUCCAUUGUAGCUGCCAUAAUGUUGUUCAAAAAUCAUACUUUAAUUCCUGAUGAGCAGUACGAAAAUAUUGUGGAGAAGUUGCGAAAAGUCAGUCACCCGGCUGUUGUGGCUUUUUUGAGCAAGCAUUUUGUUUCUACAGAUGUGAAUGAAGUUUAUGAAUUAUAAUUGAUUCAAAUGUAUACAUUUUUGAGUUCUGUGAUUGAAAAUUAGGGUGUCGCUUAAAAAUUCAAAGAUCAAUUUUCCAAAAUGGUACCCCUCUGUUUUUUUCCUCUUAGAGCGAUAUGAUCAGAGUUGAGAUUUUCUUUGUUAAAUCUCGUUAGUUCCCUACUGAGAGUCCAUUGAAUAACUAUUAAUUUUUAAAAACUGAUUUUUGAUACAAAAUUGUUUCUUUUUUCUUAAAAUGUUUAACUGUUGAAAAUGAAGCAAAUGGCGAAUUCUCAAGAUUUGGAUUUAUAUUAUUUGAAUAAAUUAAAUUUAUUCAGUUUUCUUUAAUUGCUAACAUUUAAAAAUUG